AUGGCGGCGCAGGACUUCCAGACCAAGGCCACCGGCGCAGAUACGCAAGGUGGCCUCAGACAGCGAUAUGCACCGCCGCAGCAGCAACAGAAUGGCAACUAUGUGCCCAAAGAGCUGGACGACAAGCUGGACAAGAAGACGAAGCAGCAGGCCAACUCCAUCCUCCAGACCCUCGACGACUACGAAUUCCUGAUCGCGCCCAUCGUCUUCACAGCCCUCGCCUUCUUCACGCGCAUGUGGAAGAUUGGCAUCUCCAACAUCGUUACAUGGGAUGAAGCACAUUUCGGCAAGUUUGCAUCCCAUUACCUCAAGCGCGAGUUCUACUUCGAUGUCCACCCUCCUCUCGGCAAGAUGCUCAAUGGUCUGGCUGGCCACAUGGCUGGCUACAAUGGCUCCUUCGAGUUUAAGAGCGGCGAAGUCUACCCGGAAGAGCUGAACUACACCUUCAUGCGAUUGUUCAACGGAGCAUUCGGCGCCUUGUGCGUACCGUUGGCAUACUUCACCGCGAAAGAGCUGCACUUCAAAAGGCCGACAGUCUGGCUGGUGACAUUGAUGGUCCUGUUCGAGAACAGCUACACCACGAUCAGCAGGUUCAUCCUGCUGGACAGUAUGCUGCUCUUCUUCACCUUCACGACUGUCUUCACCUGGGCCAAGUUCCACAACCAGCGAAUCGACCCAUUCUCGGUCCCAUGGUUUUUCUGGCUCUUCAUGAGCGGUAUCUCGAUCGGCUGUGUGUGCAGUGUCAAGUGGGUUGGCGCUUUCGGAACUGCUCUGGUUGGGAUCUACACUACUGAGACGCUGUGGAACAUGUUUGGUGAUCUCAAGAUGCCAAAGGUCACGCUCGCUUCGCAUCUCGGCGCUCGCAUCUUUGGUCUGAUUGUCAUUCCCAUGGUCGUCUACAUGUUCACUUUCUGGGUUCACUUUGCGGUUCUCGAGAACAGCGGUCCUGGCGAUGCGCAGAUGUCUUCUCUCUUCCAAGCCAACCUCCGGGGCACGGAAGUCGGCAAGGACAGCCCACUUGAGAUUGCGAUUGGUUCUAGGGCGACUUUGAAGAACAUGGGCUACGGCGGUGGUCUUCUGCAUUCUCACGUUCAGACAUACCCUGAAGGAUCUGGACAGCAACAGGUCACUUGCUACCAUCACAAGGAUGCCAACAACGACUGGUUCUUUUACCCCAACAGACACGAGGCCGAGUUCGACCCAGAAGCACCACUGAAAUUCGUCGGCGACAAGGAUGUCAUCCGUCUUAUCCACGCACAAACUGGUCGCAACUUGCACUCUCACCAAGUCGCUGCACCAGUCACUAAGGCUGACUGGGAAGUUUCCUCAUACGGCAACGUUACCAUCGGUGAUACCAAGGAUCACUGGCAGGUCGAGGUCAUUAACGAUGCUGCCUCGAGGGACCACUCUAAGCUCAGGACGCUGACCACUGCCUUCCGCCUCAAGCACGUCGAUCUGGGCUGCUACCUCCGAGCUGGCAACGUCAACCUGCCACAGUGGGGUUUCAAGCAGAUCGAGGUGACUUGCGUCAAGCAGAACAAGCCCCGUGACCCAUACACGCACUGGAACGUCGAGUCGCACGUGAACGAGAGACUCCCACCCGGCGACCCAGGUUCAUACAAGUCUCCGUUCUUCCGCGACUUCAUCCACCUCAACGUCGCCAUGAUGACCUCCAACAACGCUCUGGUUCCUGACCCAGACAAGCAGGACGAUCUCGCCUCGAAACCAUGGCAGUGGCCCCUUCUCAACGUCGGCCUCCGCAUGUGCGGCUGGGACGACAACAUCAUCAAGUACUUCCUCCUUGGCAACCCACUGGUCUACUGGGGAUCCACUUUCUCUCUGGGCUUCUUCCUCGCCAUGGUUGCAUGGUACGCGAUCAGAUGGCAGCGCGGGUACGACGAGCUCACCUGGAAGCAAAUCGACCAUUUCCAGUACUCAGGUAUCUACCCGGUCAUUGGCUGGUUCCUCCACUACCUGCCGUUCAUCGCCAUGGCUCGUGUAACUUACGUCCACCACUACUACCCAGCUCUCUACUUCGCCAUCCUCAGCUUUGGUUUCUGCGCUGACUGGCUCACGCGACAGCUGCCAAGCAGAGUACAGUGGGCGAUCUUCACAGUCCUUUACAUCACCACAACAGGACUGUUCUGGCUAUUCAAGGACUUCUGCUUCGGCAUGGUUGGCAACAACCAACAAUGGAGUCACCUGAAGUGGCUGUCUACAUGGCGGAUGUCUGACUAG